GCUAAACAGUUAAUUUGCUUUGACAUAUCGAAAAAUGAACGUUUUCAAAUUAUGGACAACUACAAAAUGCUGCAUCGGAAACUCAAGACCAACUGGAAUGUGGAGCAAAACGAUGCUGAGCUGAACAAGGAGCGUUUGUCACGCGUGAAGAUCUUUGUGCUAGCCGGGCCACAGGAUCGUUUCACGGAGGAGGAGUUCGAGGUGUUGAAGCAUUUUGUCGAGCAGGAGGGUGGCAGCUUAUUGGUGCUGCUUGGGGAAGGCGGCGAGCAGGAGUUUAACACGAAUGUUAACUUCUUUCUGGAGCAAUAUGGCAUCUAUAUCAACAGUGAUAAUGUUAUUAGGCCGCACUACUACAAGAAUUUCCAUCCGAAAGAGUGCAUUGUGGGUGGCGGCGUGGUUUGUGAAUCCAUGUGGCGGCAUUUGAUUAAACAGGACAUUGAGAAGGUGGACUAUGAUUUUAGCGAUGAGAAAUACAAAAUACAUUUUCAGUAUCCCUAUGGAGCCACGCUGAAUGUCUCGGAGCCGGCCAAUGUGUUGCUCACUACGGGCCCCGUGGUUUAUCCGUUCAAUCGGCCUUUAGCCGGCUACUACAGACACCCGGAGGGUGGAAAGAUAUUGGCUCUGGGCUCUGGCUAUAUGUGGCACGACAAGUAUUUGCAAGCGGACAAGACCAACGACGCCAUCUUGGAGUAUAGCCUGCAGCUGUUGGCCACAGGCGAGAUAAACUACACACACUUGGAUUUCAAUGAUGUGGAGCUCAAUGACAACAAGCAUUUUACGGAUCUGGCAUUUCUGGCCAAUCAGCCCAAGGCCUGUCUGGUCGACUCCAUUGGUACGAGUAUGCCCACGGAUUUUAAGGAUAUGUUCGACAUGACCUUGUGGUCCUUGAGCAAUCGUCUGCUGAAGGAUGUCAUUGAGACAUAUGAGAAGCUGAAUGUUAAAUACGAGCCGCUUCGCAUCAUAAAGCCGCAGUUUGAGAUUCCCCUGCCGCCCCUGCAGUUGGCCACCUUUCCGCCCAUUUUUAGCGAGCCCCCCGCACCGCCACUAGAGCUCUACGAUCUGGACGAGACCUUCAGUCCGGCACGCUCGCAGCUGGCGCACAUGACCGGCCAGUGUCUGCAGGCGCUGCAGGCCAAGGAGCCGGCGCGUCGCGCUCUCAAUGCCCGCGAGCUCGAGAAUUAUGUGAAAGAGUGUGCGCGAAUUACGGCCAUCAUUAGGGAGCAGCAAGAUUUGCCCGCUCACGAUAUUCUCAACAUAUUGGCGCGCCAGAUUGUCAGCUACAAACCCUAUGCAGAGGACUAG